AAAAUCCGUGCAUCAUUCGCUUGAACACACCAUGUGAAAUCAUAGGUGGCCCACUAAGCAAAACAGUUAUAUAUAUAGACAACUUUAUAACUAUAAAUAGAUAAGUUAUCUCAUUUAUCCAUCCUCCUAUUUAAUAUUUAUUUAUCCGUUAAUUCUGUAUUAUUUUAUAAAUUUUUUCACUACCUCUCCACAAAGAAAGCAGGAGCCAAAGCUUAAAAGCUAAGCCGGCGUCGGGCAUCUCCUCCUCCCGUCGACGCACGCACGAAGCAGCAGAACCCAGCGGCGGCAAGGAGGCAUGGGGAACAGCCUGCGCUGCUGCCUGGCCUGCAUGCUCCCCUGCGGCGCGCUUGACGUCGUCCGCGUCGUGCACCUCAGCGGCCACGUCGACGAGUUCACCUGUCCGCUCACCGCGGCCGACGUCCUCGCCGCGCAUCCCAACCACGCGCUCACGGACGCGUGGUCCGCUGGUGCGUCCAGGAAGAUCGUCAUCGUGUCGCCCGACUCCGAGCUCAAGCGCGGGCGCAUCUACUUCCUCAGCCCCUACGCGUGCUCCGCGCCGGCAGCCGAGAUGAAGAAGCGCAAGAACCGCGCCAAGAAGAAGAAGGUCCAAGGCCACGGGCACCGCAAGAGCGGCGCCGCGGUGGCCGGCACGGCGGAGCAGGACAACUACCUGCGGGAGAUGCUGUCGGAGAAGCGGGAGACGAGCCACCGGCGGCGGCGGAGCGGCGCCCGCACCGGCGUGUGGCGACCGCGGCUGGAGAGCAUAGCGGAGGAGCCCUCAGACUAGCUCCGCUUGACUAUUUUUUCUCGUCCCUUUCUUUUAUUUUCGAUCUUCCGGUGUGAAUACGAAUAAUCA